AUGAAAGAGACUAGAGAAGAAAUCACUGGUGAUAAAGUAUCCAGAACUUCAUCUUUCAGCUCUGAAUUACUUGUUUUAGACAUAGAAAACUUCAAGGGGGACUUCUCCUUUGAUGCUUUGUUUGGAAAGUCAGUAAAUGGGCUGUUGCCAUCUUUCCAAGAUGAAGAUGCUGACUCAAUGGAAGGGAUGAUAAAUAUUAGUACGAGUGAUGCUUUGCCAAGUGGGAGGUCAACACACAUGCUAUCUAGUCCUUUAUUUCCUAAAGUAGACACUUUAUUGGUAAUAUUCAAGGAUUCAUGUACGCAAUUAGCCGAACUUCGGAAACAGAUCGAUGGAAGACUACAAAAGCUUAAAAAGGAUGUUGCUGCACAAGACUCUAAACAUAGGAAGACACUGGGUGAGCUAGAAAAGGGUGUAGAUGUAAUAUUUAAUAGUUUUGCAAGACUGGAUUCACGUAUUUCUAGCGUUGGGCAGACAGCUGCUAAGAUUGGGGAUCAUUUACAGAAUGCAGAUUCACAGCGAGAGGCUGCUAGCCAGACAAUGGAUCUCAUAAAGUACUUGAUAGAAUUCAACAGUGACCCAGGCGACCAGAUGAAACUUUCCUCACUAUUUUCUGAUGACAAGCGUGUUGCCGAGGCUGCUUCUAUUGCACAAAAAUUGCGUUCAUUUGCGGAGGAGGAUAUUGGAAGGCACGGUGCAACCAUGCAAUCACUUCCAGGGAAUGCAACUGCUAGUAAAGGACUGGAGGUUGCGGUUACCAACCUUCAAGAAUACUGCAAUGAAUUGGAGAACAAGUUGUUGUCUAGAUUUGAUAACGCGACUCAAAGAAGAGAAUUGACUAAUAUGGCAGAGUGUGCAAAAAUCCUUUCUCAGUUUAACAGAGGUACCAGUGCCAUGCAACGUUAUGUGGCUUUACGGCCAAUGUUCGAUGUAGAGGUCAUGAAUGAAGAUUCUUGUUUGGUUCUUGGUGACCAGGAUUCUAUACCUAAUCCAGCUGAUGUCAGUCUUGAACUCUCAAAACUGUACAGACAGAUAACAGAUACUGUCCGAAAAGAAUCAGCCACCAUCAGGGCUGUAUUCCCUUUCCCCAAUGAUGUCAUGUCUAUAUUGGUUCAGAGAAUAAUGGAGGACCGAGUUCCAAAACUUUUAGAGAAGCUAUUGGUAAAACCAUCCCUGACAAAUCCACCUCCCAUGAAACAAGGUGGCUUAUUGCUAUAUCUCAGAAUGCUAACAGUAGGAUAUGAGAAGACACAGGAACUUGCCAAAGAUCUUCGUGGUGUGGGAUGUGGUGACCUGGAUGUUGAAGGCCUAACAGAAGCUAUGUUCCUUGAGCACAAAGAUGUCUACCUUGAGUGUGAACAAGCCUCUUUGAGACAACUUUACAAAGCAAAGAUGGAGGAAUUGCUUGCUGAGGCCCAGCUAUCAGCUGACUCAAUUGGACGUUCCAAAGGAGCUCCAAUAUCAUCUUCCAACCAGCAGAUAUCCGUUACAGUGGUAACAGAGUUUGUGAGUUGGAAUGAAGAAGCAAUUUCAAGAUGCAAUUUGUUUUCACCUCAGCCUGCUAGUCUUGCGGCUAAUGCUAAAGCUGUGUUUACAUGCCUUCUAGACCACAUCAGGCAAUAUACAACAGAACGGCUUGAAAAAGCUAGAGACGUCCUCAGGGAAGCUGCUUCUCAGAGGGAGAGGUUUGUGCUUGGUCGAAAAGCGGCUGCUGCUGCUCCAGCUGCAGAAGCUGCUGCUGCUGCUGGUGAAAACAGUUUUCGAUCUUUCAUGGUUUCUUUACAAGCUUGUGGAAGUAGUGUGGCUAUAAUUCAGCAAUACUUUGCUAAUUCUAUUUCGAGGCUUCUAUUACCCGUGGAUGGUGCACAUGCUGCUACCUGUGAGGAAAUGGCAGCAGCUAUGUCCAGUGCAGAGGGUUCUGCUUGUAAAGGGCUACAACAGUGCAUUGAUACAGUUAUUGCCGAGGUGGAAAGGUUACUUUCAACCGAGCAAAAGGCUACAGACUAUAAGUCACCAGAUGAUGGACUCAUGGGGGAUAAUCGACCUACAGUUGCAUGUACAAGAGUGGUGGCAUAUCUCUCACGAGUGCUCGAGUCCGCAUUUACUGCACUAGAAGGUCUUAACAAACAAUCUUUCCUAACUGAAUUGGGAAAUCGCAUGCACAAAGCACUGACUACUCACUGGCUGAAGUUUGCUUUUAAUGCCAGUGGAGGACUGAGGCUUAAACGUGACAUCACCGAGUACGGGGAUUUUCUACGAAACUUCAACACGCCUACAGUUGACGAGAAAUUUGAAUUGUUGAGCAUCAUGGCCAAUAUCUUUAUUGUUGCCCCUGAAAGCUUGUCAAGUCUGAUUGAGGGCACACCAAGCAUAAAAAAAGAUGCCCAAAGGUUCGUUCAGCUUCGUGAUGACUACAGAAGUGCGAGGCUUGCAUCCAAACUCAGCUCUGUUUGGGCUUAACCCAUCCUUGCUAUGUUUUGAGUUUAUCUGUUUACUACAAGAUCAGGCCGGUGGCUGAGUUCAUUACAAGCAGUGUAUAUUGGACAAAUAUAAGGUACAUUUUUCGUGUAUUCU